UCGUAUCAAACAACCACUUAUUAGGUGGGUAUAUCCAAUCCACAGUCGUUACCCUUAUCUAAUGUAAUUCCAUAAUCUUGCUUUCUUCUCCGAUCAUUCAUUCUCAAUGGAAACCGUUUCCCUCUCUUCUCAUAAUAAUAUUCUUCUUCUCAAACACUCUCACUCCUCAUCUUCAUCUUCAUCUCCACCACAAAAACCCCAUCAUUCUCGUAACCUCAUCACUACGAAAAAACCUAUUUUUCAGCAACCCAAUUCAUUACUCAUUCACAAUGAUAAACACAAACACUCUUCUUCUUCUUCUUCUUCUUUACCUUCAUUGAUGUUACACUACACACAAAAUGGUUACUUUCAUAAAUCACAAACCACAUGGGAACAACUCCUAAACAGUUCCUUUCACCCUUCUCUUCAUUUCAUUUCUAAAUUAUUCAAAUCAUAUGCAGAACAACGCAAAUUUGAUCAUAUCAUCAACAUUCUUCAUUCACUAAAUUCAAGAAAUCUGACCCUUUUGCCUCAGUUUUACUCAUUGGCAAUCUCUUGUUUUGGAAAUGCAGGAAACUUAAAAUUGAUGGAAGAAACAAUCAAUGAAAUGGUUUCAAAGGGUUUUCGAAUUGAUUCAAAAUUAGGUAAUGAAAUUCUUUUGUAUUAUAGUGUUUUUGGUAGUUUGAAUGAAAUGGAGAGUGCUUAUGGAAGGUUUAAGAGAUCUAGGUUUUUGAUUGAGGAAAAUGUGAUUAGGGCUAUGGCUUAUGGCUAUAUAAAGAAGAGAAAAUUCUAUGAAUUGGGUGAGUUUGUUAGAGAUGUUGGUUUAGGUAGGAGAAAUGUUGGGAAUGUUUUGUGGAAUCUUUUAUUGCUUUCUUAUGCUGCUAAUUUUAAGAUGAAGAGCUUGCAGAGAGAGUUUGUUAGGAUGGUUGAAUCAGGGUUUCGUCCGGAUGUUACGACUUUUAAUAUUAGGGCUAUGGCGUUUUCGAGGAUGGCGCUGUUUUGGGAUCUUCAUCUUAGUAUUGAACAUAUGAGGAGUGAAAAGGUUGUUCCUGAUUUGGUUACUUACGGUUGUGUUGUGGAGGCAUACUUGGAUAGAAGGCUUGGAAGGAAUUUGGAGUUUGUUUUGAAUAAAAUGGAUGUGGAUGAUUGUACGAGAUUGUUUACAGAUCCGUUUGUGUUUGAGGUUUUAGGUAAAGGUGACUUUCAUUUGAGUUCGGAGGCGUUUUUGGAAUACAAGACACAACAACAGAAAUGGAGUUAUAGGAUUUUGAUACAGAAAUAUCUUAAAAAACAUUAUAGGAGGAACCAGAUAUUUUGGAACUACUAACUAACUUGACAGAUGAUUUUGGUCAUUUCCUUUUCUUUGAUGAAAUUUGUCAUGCUUCAUGACCUUGAUUUGAUACACACGUUCAGUAUUAUGUAGUUAAUUUGAAACAAAGUUGUACUUAUGGUGGAUUCCUAUGAAGAUGAAGUAUCAAGGUGGAGGCAUAUUUGUAGAUAAAUCAAACAUCAGAUACAUCCAAUCAGGAAGAAUACUUGGUGAAACUGAAAACUGAGCCCCUUCUAGGAGCUGUGAGUAUUUGAUGUAACUUUUUGAUGGUUACCACAAGCACGGAGUCAAGAUUGGAGUCUAUGGAGCACAUUCAUGAAGCUUGGGCCAGACAAGAGAAGGAGAAUUAGUUACCACGGGAAUUGAAUGAUGCACUGAUCAAAAGUUUGAAACAAACAGUUUCUCUAACAGCUUUUAUUGAGUAGUUCAAGAGGUAUGCAGAAGGUUAUGGUUUGUGUAAAUCUACUAUUGUCUAUGGGAAUGUCCAGAAGUAGAGUGGGGGAUACAAAAGGCUUGUUGAGGUUGGAAUACGCUAUAAAUCAGAAAAACUAAAUGUUUUAGAUGUGAUGAUAAAUGUGAGCCUGAUCAUGUAUGUAAAAAUCAAACAAUAUUAGGUGAUGUUAUAGCAGGUUGUUUACCAAGUUUGUUCAGUGCUUGCUACACAUUGACCCUUGAAAUCAUUGUUGGAUCUCUCUGCAAGCAUCCUUUUCUGGUAUGACAAAUUAUGAAGGAAUGAUUGAAAAGUGAGUCAAUUUUGAAGUCUAGUAAAAGACUUGGUCGCACCGGAAUAGCUUUAGAUAUAUUUGAAGGUGGGUCCUCAAUCAAGGAGAAUGAAUGUUUCGUGGACCUAGGGCUGUUUACUGAAGACCAAAGGAUCUGUGAUCUUACCUGGAUCGACAUUUAUGCUGAACUGUAUGAGCUAGAUGAUAAUGGAAAGAAAGCUAUCAUCCAUAAUUUAACCAUAAAUUUUUUUGGAUUAAAUCUUAAUUUUUUUCAUCUGUAUUUACGAUUUUGAAUCAGCAUCAAUGAUCUUGUAAUGUGAGCUUAGCCAACAAGAAUUUGGUUAAUGCCGUAGUGACACAAAUUCUGAACCAAGAUCAUAGAAUGUCAAUCAGCUAAACAUUAUGGCAUAGAUGCCUUAGGACAUUGGUGACUUCCAUAAUCUUAAAGCAAGUCUUUCUCCAGCACUGAAGGUUGAAUGAACUCUAUGUAUGUCUUUCUCUGACACUGAAGGUUAAGUUAACUCUGUGUUUGUUCAAGGUUGAGUGAAACGACACUGAAGAAUUUUGGGCAGUUAAAGCAUGUAAUACCAUAUAUACAAUGAAGAGGUGGCUUCAUUGUAAGAAAAAUUAUCUGAUAAUUCCGGUCUGAAGAUAAAGAUACUUGAAGUAGAUAUUUUGAAGUAGAUAUUAGCUUUAUACAAUUAGGACCUUUUUAUUUACAAUGAACACAUUUGUAGCAAAGAUAGAUUGUAUAAGUCAGAUAAUGUAAUUGACUCUAAUCAUUCUAUUUUAGUGAUUAUCCCCUUCAUUUCAUUA